UCUAAACACUCCUUAUUACCAUCGACUCCCAUGUUAAGAGUGGCAAUCUGGUCACUCUAGCUGUAUGUCAUUCACGAUGACUGGGACUUCCUUAUCCCCUCAUGGGUUUCGUGUUGCUUGCAGAAUGCUUUGUGGCCGUUAUGGUUGGACUGAACAGUGUCUUGGUGCUCGUUAAAAAGUUACGAGACUUUUCGUCCCAUCGCUUCCCAUAUUUACUUCUUUGGAACUUGGUUCAAGAGUACUUCAACAGGGGGUUUAUCCUUCAACAUCCCCAUAAUUGCGCGGAAAGCCUAAAACGUCGUAGGAUCUAUCAACUUGGUCGUAUUGUCACGAGUUACGGUUGCUUGCCGUUGAUUCUCGGCUCUCGACUUGCGCCCUUUCUUCUGUCAAAGUGAAGUCUGAUCAUUGAUUUUAAACGUGUGGGACGGCUUGAC